ACACUGUAUACCGUGCACCUUUGGCGUUAUGGCGCUUCCCAAAUGCGCAGUUUUACAAACAACGCCUAGUUGAGCACCCAGGCACCGCCGCCAUAACUCCGCUUGACAAGACGAUGUUCGACUUCAUAGACACCGAUGGCUUCGGAUGGGGCGCGAACCGAUGUGGCAGCGGGAGUUCUUCCCGAACGUCUCGUCACGCGCGCAAGUCGAGGACUUCGGAACGAACUUCACCAAUCCUGACCAACAAGGUGUAGUGUGCGACAUGAUCGUGCGGUUGCUGGCUACGUCCGGCAUCAAUGCAGAGAACAUCGGCGUGAUCUGCAUGAACAGUGCAGCAGCCAAGAAGCUCCGCAACGAGCUCCGUGAAGCCCUCCCCAACGGCACGGCCCUGCCACAAGUAUCCUCGUUUGAUGCCUUCAUAGGUCAGGAACGCGACAUCAUGAUCGUAUGCACAGUCGCAUCUUUUGAGCUGUCUGUCACUCGACUGCACCCCUUCGGAUUCAUCCGAGAGCCUGAACGGUUGAACGUUGCCGUUACCCGAGCAAAGAGAUUUUCUUUCUACGUCGCCGACAUUUCGCUCUGGCGCUCACAGAAAGAGAUACUUGGAAAGAGAGAAAUCAAGGACUCUAAGGAGGACGAUCAGUGCGAUCCAAUGUGACGCUGGUUGGACCAUAGCACAGGAUGGACCACGAUUCCGAAGUGAGCCACGACAAAGACUUGCAAUGCCGCUGGUAUUCAUCAAAACGCUUCAAGAUGUAAACAAGAGGAGGUUUCGCUGCUGCUGCGGCGUUAAAUAAGCCUAGCUGGCGCCCCUGGACUAUCUGGCCUCUAGAACUACGAGAUGUAAAGAGAUGGAGGCUGCAAAUUGAGUCUGUGGAAAAGGGGUAGGAGCUUUGAAGUUUAAGGGCCACGAGGCGUGAAUUGAAGGUGUAGUAAUGUUCCUGCUGAGGCGGUAGAUAGUGCUGGGUGGCCCCCUGGACCACCUGGUUUGACAAAUCACGGAAU